AUGUUCAGUGCUAUUUGGCUCCUUACCAGUGUCUACUCCACCCUUCGACCACGCCCAAAGCUCGCCUCCUUAUACGUGCCCUUCCUCAUCUUCUACUGUCUUUGGUUCCUAGCAGAACCCAUCUUUCUACUCGUUGUUUUCUAUGCCUUACCUCAACUAGAAACACCCAACAUCAAGAACGGUGUUUACUUGACACUCAGCGUCCUGGGUCAUGCUGUCUUCUUCAUUGUGAUCAGACCAAGAGGCCUGGAAGAACGGUUUCCCUACUGCAUGCCUGCCAAUAAGGUAUGUCAGGGGACAACGUUACGGGGGAUGCUGGCACUCGGUGAAAUCAUGCUUCCUGUAGAAAAGAUGAUCAACUGA